AGCAACGGCAACAAACGAUUGUUUGCUUGUUCACUUUGGCUUAUAUUUUGCGCGAUUCACGACGGAAUAUAACUGCCAGCGAAGAUGGGUUUGCAGAAAAUGCGUUCAGCUUGGAAACGGUUGAAGAAUUUUUUCACGAAAAAGAAAGAUAUCGUCAUUAUAACGACAUCUGUCGGGAUAUUAACCGAUCUCAGCAUCCCUGAUGUUGACUAUCAAACGACCAACCCGCGUCAUAAUCCCUUCCUACAGAAGGCCCUGGUGAAGACAAAGAAACAGAUAAUAGAAGAGCGGACAAAGCAAGAGGAGAUGAGGUCGGAGAUUGCUCAACUGAAGGUGGAUAUUGUUGAAAUGAAAGCCACAAUUGUCUCUAAGAGGGGAGAAUUGAAGGCGAUUCAACAGGCAAAGGGAACGUGGGUUGAGCCGGUAGAACCACCUCAGGUUGAAGCUGACGUCAUUGAGUCAGAGUCAGAGAUUACCAUACCGAGUGACGACGGUGGUGACACGUUGACUGAUGAUGGUCUAUCGAUAAUAUCACUGCCGUAUACACCGUGUAUGACUCCCGAGACACAAGAGACUGCACCUGUUUUAGAAUUUGCUCCUCUUGGCCAACAAAGACCACGUCCGGUAGAGUCCUCAAAUCAUUCGAUGACCUCAGAAGUGGCGUCCAUAUUAGGGGAAUCGAAAGCGAGAGAUGAACGCUCCAGAAAUCGACCAAAAACCUCAGCGUGUCCCAGUCCGCGUGAACGUAACAUACCUGCUACGACUCGAUGUCGAGAUGACAACACUAUUGGUCUGAACCAUAGCCCUAGAUCCAACGACAAUCAAUCGAUCGUGGGAUCAUUAUUCGAGGAUAGUCCGCGUGAGGGGCAAACGGCUGUAAUACGUCUAGGGAAAGAGGACAAGCAUGAUACUAAUGAAAUUGGAACUCACAGCCCAUGGUCCUUAGGUAACCAAUCUAUCGUAGGAUCACUUAGUCCGCGCGAGGCCCGUAUGGCUGCUGCAGGUUUAUGGCAAGAUGACAGAACUGCGACUGGCGCUUAUGUCACAGGUCAGAGCCCAAGGUCCUUGGGAAACCAAUCCAUAGUAGGAUCACUGUAUGAACUCAGUCCGCGGGAGGCCCGUAUGGCCGCUACACGUCUAUGGCUAGAUGACAAAUGUGCGACUGGUGCUAAUGUCACAGCUCAGAGCCCUAGGUCCUUGGGAAACCAAUCCAUCGUAGGAUCACUCAGCCCACAAGAGGCCCGUAUGGCUGCUACAAGUCUAUGGCGAGAUGACAGAAAUGCGACUGUUGUUAAUGGCACAGCUCAGAGCCCUAGGUCCUUGGGUAAUCAAUCCAUCGUAGGAUCACUAUACGAAGUCAGUCCACGGGAGGCCCGUAUGGCUGCUACACGGCUAUGGCUAGAUGACAAAAAUGCGACUGGUUCUAAUGUCACAGCUCAGAGCCCUAGGUCCUUGGGAAACCAACCUAUCAUAGGAUCACUCAGCCCACAGGAGGCCCGUAUGGCUGCUACAAGGCUAUGGCUCGAUGACAAAAAUGUGACUGGUGUUAAUGGCACAACACAGAGUCGCAGGUCUUUGGGUAACCAAUUCACAGAAUCACAACAAAAUGUUAAUCCACGUGGGACCCACAUAGGUCUUACGAACGUACGACCAGAUGACGAUACUGCAAGACAGACUAUUGAGCAAAAUAUUCGUGCAGUCGAUGACAAUUCAAACAGUCGCAAUGAACCCGCCAAUUGUCAACCACGAGUAAACGUACAACGAACUUCACAACGCCUUAACGAUAGAGACGGUAGAGUUUCAUGCUCCAGUGCAGUCACUCGCACCAGAAUUGGUGAAGGUAUUUGCUCAACAACCGACCCACGUAAUGGGUCAUGUGGAAUGGCACCGGUUGGAGAUUAG